AUGUCUUCCAACGACGAGUUCAGGAGACGUAGGUUGCUACGGAAAUUGGAAGAACUCGAGCGUACAAACCCUACAGAUAUACCAACCACAUCAUUUUUACCGACCCCAACCCCAUCCACAUCAUCGCCUUUGAACUCUCAAAUCCAAUCACAGACUCAAAAGAGGAAACAAACUCCUAACGUACGUCGAAUACUUUAUGGGAAGAAGAAUUUGAAAGAUUGGUUAUCUGAAUUGCCUUCCUCCACCUCUCCAUAUUCAUCAGCCACCUCACCACCUCCCCUCACCCCACCGAGAACUCUCUGUUCGUCUUGCGGUUAUAUCGGUUCUUAUCGAUGUAUCCGUUGUGGGGAAUGGAGUUGCGACCGAACUUGUUUGGAGGUACAUGCUCGUGAUGGGGGUUGUGGAGUGGGAGGAUGA